AUGGAGGACGAAGACUGUCCGGACCUGGUCCCGAUGGACGCCGGCGGCGUGGAGGAGACGGAGCCCAGCCCCAGCGGAAAGAUCCCCGUGACCAUCAUCACGGGCUACUUAGGAGCUGGGAAAACAACUCUCCUGAAAUACAUACUGACGGAACAGCAUAAUAAAAGAAUAGCAGUUAUUCUGAAUGAGUUUGGAGAAGGAAGUGCCUUGGAAAAAUCUCUGGCAAUCAGUCAAGGAGGAGAACUCUAUGAAGAAUGGCUGGAGCUCAGAAAUGGCUGCCUGUGCUGUUCAGUAAAGGACAAUGGUGUGAAGGCUAUUGAGAACCUGAUGCGAAGGAGAGGAAAAUUUGACUAUAUAUUGUUAGAAACAACUGGUUUGGCAGAUCCAGAAAGCAGCAGCACUGUAGUGCAGUAA